UACUCCCCUGUCAUAAACUAAAGUGCUAGCACGUUGCCUGUUCUGUUUUCCUAUGGGUAGUACUCCACAGAGCACUCGUAUUGUAUUCAGCACCCGCUGACCAGUUGAGGUCGGGGGUUAAAGGUUGGAGACAAAGUGACGACUUGUGAAUUAUGUGAUCUGUAGUUUCCACACCAAGCCUGUGUAAAACAGGAGUCAGAUGAAGCACUACAAUACCCACAAUCCUGUUAGUUAAGUGAAGUCACAUGAGAAAAAAACAAUCCAAACACCAAAUCGAAGUUUUUACAUAGCAUCUCUAUCAACUGGAAACAAUCAGUCGUUGAAUAAAUAAUCAUAACGUAUGAAUAUAUGGAGGAAAACUCAUCCCACCCAUGAAGGAGAAGUGUCUGCCUUCAGAUGAUUUGGGGGAUUAUGGUGAACCAGAUGGGCUCCCAGGGUAGCGUGGUUAACCAGAAGAGGCGUUUGGUGCUUGGUGUGGUGAUCCUUCUCCUGGUGGAUGUGAUCUGGGUCGCCUCUUCUGAACUGACAUCAUAUAUAUUCAAACAGGAGGACUACAACAAGCCUUUUUUCAGCACGUUUGCAAAGACGUCCAUGUUUGUCCUGUACCUCCUGGGUUUCCUGGUGUGGAGACCUUGGAAGCAGCAGUGUAAUGGAGGCUUCCGCCGACAGCACCCAGCACUUUUCACGGAUGCUGAAGAAUGUCUUACCCCAUUUAUUGCUGAGAAUGGUUAUAGCAACACUUUGAGUGAAUCCCUCUAUGUUCCAGUGAAGUUCCAGGAUUCCCCCUUGGAAUAUGUCACCACUGCCAGUUCUGACUGUGAAGUUUCCCAAGUCCCCAAGAAGCAGAGAGUCCGCUUCAGCAACAUCAUGGAGGUGCGACAGCUUCCCCCAACCCAGGCGCUGGAGGCCAAAUUCUCACGCAUGUCCUACACUGCCUGCAAGGACCAGGAGUCUCUGCUCAAGACUGCCGGCAAACUGACUGUGUCUGAAGUGGCUAAAAUCAGCUUCUUUGUCUGCUUUGUGUGGUUUCUAGCCAACUUUUCUUAUCAACAAGCGCUCUCAGAAACAGAGGUCGCCAUUGUGAACAUUUUGUCUUCUACUUCUGGUCUCUUCACUCUGAUCUUGGCAGCCAUAUUCCCUAGCAGUAGCAGUGACCGAUUCACACUCUCCAAGCUCUUAGCUGUAGUACUGAGCAUGGGAGGAGUGGCACUUGUCAGCGUCUCAAGCAUCGACAGCGGAAAAGGCACUAUUGGGUCCCUCUGGUCCUUGGCAGGGGCGGCGUUAUAUGCUGUGUACAUUGUCAUGAUCAAAAGGAAGGUUGAUCGAGAAGGAAAAAUGGACAUUCCCAUGUUUUUUGGUUUUCUGGGGCUUUUCAACAUCCUCUUCCUCUGGCCAGGCUUCCUCCUGUUGCACUACACUGGCUUUGAGGCCUUCGAGCUGCCCAGCAACUUGGUGUGCACCUAUAUCCUCAUCAAUGGCUUGAUUGGUACUGUGCUCUCAGAGUUCCUCUGGCUGUGGGGGUGCUUUCUGACGUCCUCUCUGAUAGGAACUUUAGCCUUGAGUCUCACAAUACCACUGUCCAUCAUAACAGAUAUGUGUAUGCAGAAGGUGCAUUUCUCCUGGAUGUUCUUUGUGGGGAGUAUUCCUGUGUUCCUGUCCUUCUUCACUGCCACUCUCUUAUGCCACUACAAUAACUGGGACCCAGUGACCGUGGGCCUGAGGAGGAUGUUUGCUUUCAUCUGCCGCAAGAAACGCUUUCAAAGAUUGUCUGAAGACAGCGAGCAAACUGAGAGCCUUAUUCCUCUUCACAGCCUCUCUCAAGCUGAUUGACACUAGAGCUCUUGGAGAGGAACUUGUUUCAGCUCUACGUAGCCCACUACCAAUGAUUCAUAUACCAGUGGUUUUGUAGCCACUUCCUCAGUAUCUCUUUCUGAGCAAGAUAAAGGGCCCUAAUUGAUGAGCAACGAGUAAAGCAGCGAGCAAAGUCCAUUGUGCAUUAAGUAAAGCUAUCGUUUCGCGUGUGGGAGCAUUGCGCUGACCCACCCAUGUUUGCAUUUAGGAUGUUGCUCAUGGUAUUAAAUUAUCAAAAUUAUCAAAUUAGCUUUAGUUCAUGUGCUGCGGACUUUGAUUGUGGUUGUUUCUUUCCUCGUUGCCAGUUGCCUGUACCUUACUGAUAUGGCCUCAUUGUUUACUCAAAGUUUUGGUCCUUUUUGAGUUUAUAUUUCCUUAAUCAGUCCCUCCGGGAUUUCGCAAUCUUGUGUUUUCACAAAUUCAUGCAAAUUCAGGGAUUUCCCGCAUUUGCGGGUUGCCAUUUUUCACUCACUCAAGUCAUGGAAUUUCUGCAUUUUUUUUGUGAUUUGAUUUCAAAAUCACUGCAAUUUCAAAUUCCACCAGGAUAUUCACUAUUUUACUUUUGGCCGCAACAAUCAGAAGAAAUCUUGCAAGAUCCUGGUAGUAUCACAGUUUUUAGGAGUUCCCGCCAGAAACCUCAAUAUCACCACAAAUUUGGAAAAUUCCCACAACAAAUUCAGUCCCUUUAGGCCACAGUAAUCACAACAAACCCUUGCAAAAUCCUGGAGGGGACUGCUUAAUGUAUCUGCAUCAAAUUUGUAUUUCUUCUACAUGUGAAACAGUAAAAUACUGCUAGAGUGUUGCCCAACACUUCUCAGGUAGAAACCCCUUUCCCACCCUUCUGAUUUCUUCUUUAAUAGAAUGUCAUAAUGUCAUGGUUACAUUUAUGAAGGUUAGAGAUGAAGCUCUUUUAGAAAACUUGGAGACUCCCUUGCAAAACUUUAAUGGUGUAGUCAGAACCAACCAACAGUACUGUGAGUCUUUAUCUUCUUUCUGUUUCCUUUCAAGAUGUGUAAUAUCAAAGACGUAAGUCAAGAGAGCUAUCAGCAGAUAGGAAGAAGUUGUAGAGAUAAGGAGAAUUACCGAAAGGAACCCCAUUACUCCUCCAUAGGAGGAAACAACACAUAACUGUCUAAAUAGCACUAGUCAUCUGAUGAUUGAACACUCAGUGUCCACUGCCAUAUGGACCUCUUCCGUUCAUUUGUAUAUGUAUAUGUAUGUAGCUGGACCAGCACUGGUUAAAGAGGCCACAAGCACAUUGCAGGGGAGUAGAGAAUGAGUUCCGCCCAAAGGCAUUUGUUUAUGGCAAGUGUAAUCACAUUUUGGAACAUCUGACCAAAUCUAAGCAGUAAAAGCCUCAAGCACAUUACUCAAAUCUAAAAUAUGCCAGUGAUUCAACGUGUAGUCUGUUUCUCCUCUCAGCCUCUGACUACAUCCGCCUACUACCUAAUCUGCAUCAGAUUCUGUGUUUUCAUGUUUCCUUCAGAACUUUACUUGUUUCUUUUUUUUUCUUCUUGAAUCUUUCUAGAUAGACUAUUCCAAUGAAUGCAGUGAUGUGACAAUCUUUGAUUGGCCAAACAAAACUCUAAGCACCUUAGUGCCUCAUUUUUUAUUUUUCUAUUGAAGAGCUUUAUUCAGUACUUCACUCAGUCUCAUGUGUAAGUUUUUAAAUAGGGUUGUGUUGAACAAUAUGAAAAUAUUGUUGUGGACUUAGCUUUUUUGACUGGAAUGAGAUAAUUCUCGGAGGUACAAACAUCUCCUCUGAACAUGUGUGUGUUUGUGUUUUUUUUUUCUUUAUUAAAUGACCAUCCUAUGUGGUCUUCCUUCUGAGAGCUGAAUGUAUUGAAUUGAAGCUAAACUUUCUCACCACUUUAACUGACCUGUCAGCGCUAUCAACAAGCUACACUAACAAAACCAUACUUUCCAUUGUCUGAGAUAUGUGGCUCUUGAAUGAAUAGGUCACUGACAAGAUGCUGUCAGUGUGGCUUUUUUUGUUUGUUUGUUUAUUUGUUUGUUUUUUGUCACAAUAUGAAUAGUGUUGACAUACGCUUUACAUAUGAUUUCCAGUACAUUGUACAAUAUGUUAGCUUCACUGAAAUCACAGAGAGCAAUUGUGUAAUUUCACAGUUUUAAACGGUACAAAAUGGCUGAAAGAGAGGUAGUGUAAUUGUAAUAAAAUGAGUUAGAUAUUUAUCACACAGUGUUCCACAGUGUGUACUAGUCUUGGUAGUGCACCAACACAUACAUAAAUAGCCUCUUAUGUUCUGACUGAGUAUGGCUGCUGUCUACCUCUAUGUGCCCUGACAUUAAAAUGUGUACCAAGUGUGUUUCUUCUGUCUGUAACAUGAUCAGACUUUACUUUAACAUGCUCAAAAAAUUCAGGUUAGGCUGUAGGCUGUGCAAUGGCAUUAUAUACAAUGAUGAAGCAUUUCAGAGAAUGUGUUUUAUUGGGACAAAUGAGCUGAUUUGAAAGUGUAGCACGCAACCACCUGUGAUGAACUGAACUGCCUGUUGUGUCAAUGUAAUUGCCAUAGGUCCACUCGGUGAUUUGUUGUUUGUGAAUAUCAGAUCUGUGGGAAUUCAUCCCAACUUGCUCACAUUGUCAAGACUACAUUGGAUGAUCGAGACGGAUAAUGUUUAAAAAAUGUUUUGGCCUUGGUGAUUCUUUUUUUAUUCUGACAAAUAUUUGGGUUGGCAUUUCUCUUGAAAGAAAACAUCUGUUGAGAUUCAAUGUUUUAGCCAGUGAGAGAUUUUCAACCAAUGAGCACAUUUGCCAAAAGGCAUAUUGCAUGGUGACGAAGGAAAAGGACGUGUGGGUGCGUGCUGCUGUUCAAUAAUGUGCUGGUCUUUGUCUCAUCUGUUCUCAUUAGCUGAUACUGAGUUUUGAAAGUGAUAUGAUCAAAAUUCACUCCUUAUUGUUAUUUUUUUUUAUUGUCAUUUGAAUGUGAAGGGGUUUUGCAUAUGGUUAAAUGAUGCUGAAGGAAUUUUACAAGAUGAUUAUUGCAUACAGCAAAUCCAGAGAAACACUAUCAACAUGACACUAAAUGAGCUUUUCAGGGUUUUUGAUUUUAUUUUUUUCCACGCCUGUGUUGUUGAUUACUGUUUUUGUCUAUUUUCAAGGUUGCCUUUUUGCUGUUUGUGUGUUUGAUGUUUGUCUGUGUGUUUUCUAUGCUUGUUGGACUGAACUGUGCACUCAUUAUUACAGCAGAAAGCAAUUUCAUGAACAGACCUGUCAGGAUGUGCAUUCAUAAGAUAUUAAAAAGCUCAAAUAUGAA